AUGUCUCUGAGAUCGUGUCCCAAGAAAGCAUGUCAUACCGAGACAGAUCCAGAGGGCUGUACGGGGUACCACCGGGGCAAACGCCCCGUGACACCAGCGCCAGAGAUGACUGAGUCGGUCGUCGAUGAGCUGCCGUCUCUGGAAACGGCGCCAGUGCCUGGUCUCGGUAACAUCCCACGGCCAUUCCAACGGCCAGCCGCGUCCGCCGGGACACACGUGAAAUAUCUCGUGGAUGUGUGA